AGAGGUUAGAGAAGGAGGAGCUCUAAGCAGAAAAAAUCCUGUGCCGGGAAACCUGUGAUUGUGGCUUUUUAUGAAUGAAGAGGCCUCCCUGAGCUUACAAUAUAAAAGGGGGACAGAGAGGUGAAGGUCUACACAUCAGGGGCUUGCUCUUGCAAAACCAAACCACAAGACAGACUUGCAAAAGAAGGCAUGCACAGCUCAGCACUGCUCUGUUGCCUGGUCCUCCUGACUGGGGUGAGGGCCAGCCCAGGCCAGGGCACCCAUUCUGAGAACAGCUGCACCCGCUUCCCAGGCAACGUGCCUCACAUGCUUCGAGACCUCCGAGAUGCCUUCAGCAGAGUGAAGACUUUCUUUCAAAUGAAGGAUCAGCUGGACAACAUAUUAUUAAAGGAGUCCUUGCUGGAGGACUUUAAGGGUUACCUGGGUUGCCAAGCCUUGUCUGAGAUGAUCCAGUUUUACCUGGAGGAGGUGAUGCCCCAAGCUGAGAACCACGACCCAGACAUCAAGGAGCAUGUGAACUCCCUGGGGGAGAAUCUGAAGACCCUCAGGCUGAGGCUGCGGCGCUGUCAUCGAUUUCUUCCCUGUGAAAACAAGAGCAAGGCCGUGGAGCAGGUGAAGAAUGCCUUUAGUAAGCUCCAAGAGAAAGGCGUCUACAAAGCCAUGAGUGAGUUUGACAUCUUCAUCAACUACAUAGAAGCCUACAUGACAAUGAAGAUGCAAAACUUCUGUAGGUCAGGAGUCUGGGAGUGACAACUAGGAAUUCCAUCUCAGGAUCCCAAUGAGGCUUUGUCAGAAGGACGGCCAGGGCUGCAAUCACCUGGUGGCCUGACUGGGCUAGCGGAUUCGUGAGUAACAUGGCA